AUGGUGGAAAUCCCCGAGUAUUGCCGCCCCGAGUCAGGAGGCCCAUCAGGGGUCGGAGCACCGGCGCCGCCAUCUUCACGUGCAUUCCUGGCUCCGGCCGUGGUGAGCCGGAUCUAG